UUAAACUGAAGGUACGUAACGGAUACAGUGUCGCUGUCGCAGUGUCAUUUCCCUGAAGUUAGCUUCCGUGGUUCUCCUGGAGGUUUUUUGCAACGUGGUUCUGGAGCUCCACAAGUAAUCAGAUGGAUGAGAACCUAACAGAGGGAAAUGGAAUGGCAGUAGCUCUUAAAGACGAGGAUAUGGACAUUACAGUAACAGCUCGACUAGAAGAUGCCCUGGUGACCUCUGACAAUGCUGAAAUGGUGUCAAACACACAAACACCUUUAGAAGAAGAAAGGGCAGAUGCACAAAUGCACUCAAUAGCAGCAACCGUGUCUUUAGACACGCAUAAGAGCGACGAGGAUUCUGAAGACUCAGACAGUGACAGCUCUUCCUCUUCCUCAUCAUCUUCAUCCCUCUCUUCUCCCUCUGCACCUGCGGUUGAGGAAGAUGAUGAUGACGAAGGUUUCAGCCAACCAGCACCCAUCAAAACACGGGAUGAGAUUCUGCUCGAGGAACUUCCAGCAGUGGAGGAAGUAUGUAUUACCUUACCAGAAGAAGCAGAAUUGCAGCCACUGGGCACCGUGUCUAAUGUUAUACAGCAGCUUGUUAUUAUCCAGUCCCUGAAAGACACGCCUCCUCUUAAUGAUGGCAGCAUUAUCUUUAAGUCUGAUCGGGAGGCUGCGGCCAAGGUCUUUGAGGUAUUUGGCCCGGUGUCCAACCCGCUGUAUGUUUUACGUUUUAAUUCUGUGGACCAGAUUAUCAGUAAAGGGCUGAAAGAGGGUACUACCCUUUAUUAUGCACCAGCCAUCAAGGAGUACACGGGAUACAUCCUCACACAGCAGCUAAGACUAUUAAAGGGAUCAGAUGCAUCCUGGAAAAAUGACCAAGAACCGCCAGAAGAGGCUCUAGACUAUAGUGAUGAUGAGAAAGAGCAGGAAGCAAAGAGAAAACUGAAAAAUGCCAAAAAGAAGGACACUAGCCACACAGACAAACCUACUCAGAACCCUUCGCAGCAGCAACAUAAGCAUGAUGGGAGGGGCUUCCCACCAAGACAUACAAGGCCUUCUUUCCACCACCAGUACUCAAGAUCAUUCAGACACACAGAGCCACCACCAGGACACACAAAUUUCCCCCCUAUGUUCCUCCCUACUCCCUGUCCUUACCCUCCACCUCCUCACCAUUUUCCACCCUCUAACUUCCCUCUCUACCCCCCUCCUCCUCCAUCUUUCUUCAAUCCUGCGUUCUCCCCUCCUUUCUGGCUGCCAAACUCUGCCCCCUUUUCUGACUUUCCCCCACCUCCUCCCCCUCCUCCUCCUCCACCUCAGUGACAACUUGCACAAACUAUCAGCAGUGUCUUGUCUCUGAUUGUAAAAUAAAACAUACUUAUUGUA